CAUUUAGUCGCCGGCGACGGAAGGAGCUGAUCAACAGUUUUUCAUGGUGAAGAUGUUGCAUAUUCUCUGCUGAGCCCAGACUUGACUUGAUUCACCGACUCGUUAGUGUUCAGAAAUAAUCUGCAGCUCGUACACAGACAGAGAAGAGGGAGGAAGACGGCAAAGCUUUGCUCUGUGGCUAAUUUACAGAUACUUUUCCGUUCAAACCUGACACACCGACUGAUGGAAUCGAACUCGCGACCCUGCACAGGUUCUCUGGUAGAGCUCCGCCCUGAUUGGCUGAUUUUAACCAUGUGGCUGAACGUUAACUCCUCUCUUGCCGCUUGUCUCUGCUCGUCAGAUCCAGAACCGGCAGACUGUGAUGGAGCGGACCGCUGACAGACUGAGAGGAUGCAGUACUGCAGCACCCGCGGUGGGGUCCGUGGUCGGGACUUCAGGGAGGUUCUGUUCUCCGGGUUCUCCCCGGAUGGAGGGAUGUUCAUGCCGGAGACGCUGCCGGUGCUGAGUCCAGAGACGCUGCGGUCCUGGAGGGGGCUGACCUACCCCAGGCUGGUUCUGGAGGUCUCCUCCCUGUUCAUCCCUGCUCCGCUGAUCCCCAGAGACCACCUGGAGGUCCUGGUGGGUGAAGCUCUCUCAGGUUUCUCGGUUCCUGACGCCGUCCGGAUCACCAGGCUGAAAGACGGGUUGUCGGUUCUGGAGCUCUUCCACGGAGAGACCUUGGCCUUCAAGGACCUGGCCAUGAGCUGCACCGUGCACUUCCUCAGCUACUUCCUGCAGAAAGACCGCAGCCGAGCCGUCGUCCUCGUUGGAACAUCAGGAGACACGGGCGGCUCGGCCGUGCACAGCGCCAAAGGUCUUCCUGGUCUGGAUGUUCUGGUGGUGUACCCUCAGGGCCGCAUCACGGCGGUCCAGGAGAAGCACAUGACCACCUGCCUGGAGGACAACGUCCACGUGUUUGCAGCCGACGGCAGCUCUGACGACAUCGACCGGCCGAUCCGGCGCCUCUUUGCCGAUCAGGAUCUGGUCCGGAGCCACGGCCUCAUGAGCCUCAACUCCGUCAACUGGUCCAGAAUCAUGGUCCAGGUCGCCCACUUCUUCUACGCCUACCUGCAGCUCAGCGGCGUGGAGGAGAGCGGAGAGGAGCUGCCGGAGCUGGAGGUGGUGGUUCCGACCGGAGGAGCCGGGAACAUCACAGCCGCCUACAUCGCCAUGGAGAUGGGGCUGCCUCUGAAGCUGGUUGCCAUGGUGAACUCCAAUGACAUCAUCCACAGGACGGUAACCAGCGGCGAUUUCUCCAUGGCAACCAACGUCACCCAGACUCUGGCUCCCGCCAUAGACAUUCAGGACCCGUACAACAUGGAGCGGAUCUUCUGGCUGCUGCUGGGCAGAGACGGAGCUGCAGUGAAGACCAUGAUGGAGGAGUUCCAGCGUUCCCAUCGCCACGCGCUGACAGAAAGCUGCCGUAAACGGCUGGCGGAGGUUCUGGUGACCGGCGCCGUGAGCGAUGAGGGGAUCCUGGAGACCAUGAGGAGGUGCUGGGAGGAGAACCGCUACGUGUUGUGUCCUCACACCGCCGUGGCUGCAUGGCACCACUACCACUGUCCUCACAGGCCCGCCAUCAACAGAUGCUACGUUGCUACAGCAUCUCCAGCCAAGUUCCAGGCAGCCGUGGAGAAGGCGGGUCUGCCCUAUGAGCCUCCUGAGGCUGUGCUGGCUUUGGACCGGUUACCUGCUCGGUACCAGAACCUGGAGAGGAGCCCGGACUGGUGCACGGACUGGGAGGACCGACUGAGGCGCUGGAUCCAGUUAGUGAGCAGAACCAGGAAGGACGGAGGAGUUUGUUACGCCCAGACUCCAUAAAGACGUUUUUAUGGACGUCUUCUUGUCUCUGGUGGACUCUGUCCUGAGUGGACAUGUGACCCGUCUGUUUGAACAGUGAUGUCAUAAAGCUGCUCCUGAUCAGCAGACAUCAAAGCAACAAACAAAUCUUAACGAGGGACGUCAAUUAAACACAGGCUGUUAAAGUGUUGCAAUGUUAAACGUUUUUUAAACAUCUCAAUAAAACUAAUUCACAUGUUUAUGAGCAAAGGAAUAACAGCACAGCUGUAAUAAUUAUUACAAUAAUAAUAUUGCAAUGAUUAAAAUGCAUAUUUCAUAUAAUUAACAUUGUAUAAAAAUGUAUCCUUUUGCUGUUCUUUGAGACUUUUGUAUUUCUGCUGCUGUCCUGAUCUCAUUACAACAAUAAAUCAGUUUUAUUCGGUUCCC